GUUGAUCUUUCCCACCACCAUCACUGCUUCGCUUCGCAGGGUACAACAUACUGCAAGCUGCUAGCGUGUCAAAUCUAGCUGACUUGUGGCGGAACUACUCCCGUGCUCGCACUCUGGAAAAGCAACGACGUGCACUGACAGGGCAAUGGGUGCAGUGGCGACUCGGGGAGCAUUGGGAGGGGACCGGUGUCUGCAUGGGUGGCGUGCGGGAGCCUUUUGCCUGCCUCCGUGCUCGAUGGUAUGGUUAGCGACGGCGAGAGGGUUUAAUCCGGGGUCGGAGCGUGUUGGGGUUAAGGGAUGCCAUGAAUUCGACGUCCACGACUACCGCCCUUUCAUACGCUGGCAUUUACGUACAAAACCAUGUCAAAGGCAGCUCUUCCAGAGUGCAUACGGUCUAGUCUACAGCUACAUCGAGUACCUACCCCGAGACCCACAAGGCACGACUGCGCGCCCUACUCAACGAGCAUCCAAGGUGUCGCAUUCUAUCGCAAGGAGCCCCACGACGCGCAUCUUCCCCAUCAAAUACACAAAUCUGAAGUCUGGACCGUUGAACCACUUCCCAUUUUUCGCAGCCCCGGAUCCUUCGAUGGCUGUCCAAAGGCGCAUCAUCCUGAUUUUCGAGGAGCAACAACGAAGGCUCUGCUUGCAGAGGGAUGGGUAUCUGCAGAGCAUACCAUAGCCUCCCGAUAGCAUCAGCGACCAUAACCCACUCUUGUUUACCCGACCUCUGAAUGACGACUGGCCGUGGAAGCUUUUCGUGGAUGAUAGUCAGCGACGGAAGGGUCGAGUUGGUGGUUGUCUCGUUCACUCAGCCCUCAUGACCAUGAACGCGUACGCCCGGCAGAUUAUGCGCAAAAUUGAGCUUCAUUUGCAUCUCUCCGCGGGUAUGCUCUAACAGUGGUUGU